UGACGCAUAUAAUUGUUUAAUAUUAUGGAACAAAUACGCAAUAAAGUACUAUUUAUGACCUAUCGCUUUCUGGAUCUAGGGUUUUCUCGUUUCUUCAUCACCAAAAGGCAAACCCUACAAAAGCCAUUGAUUUUUUUUUCUGGGGAAAAUUAGAAAAAGAACAUCGAAAAUCAACAAAUCAAUCGAGAAAAAAAGAGGCCAUCCAUUAUUAGGGUUUUUCAAAAUUUUUUUUGAGAUCAAACAGCCACAAAAAGCACAGAUCUACGUAAACAAAUCUGACCAAAAGGAAAGUGAAACCCUAAAUUUUACCUUUGAUCCUUCAAAUUGAUCUUUGUUUAUUGUUAUUGAACUUGCAAUCUGCAAAAAAAUCUGGUCAAAUCUAAAGAGAAUCGAAUCGAUCGAAACAACUUGUAAAAACUUUAUUUUUGUGUUGUUGUUGAUGACAAGAAGUUGAGGAUCUGAAUCUGAUGAUGAGUAUGUACAAAUCGGUUGUGUAUCAAGGGGAGGAGGUGUUAGGGGAGGUGGAGAUUUAUCCACAACAACAACAACAGCUAAGGGAAGAAGAAGAUGGGUGGAAAUUUAUGGUGGUGGAAGAAGAAAUGAAGGAAAUCAGAAUAGGACAUAUGACGCAAGGCAGUGAGAGAUGUCCGCCACUGGCAGUGCUACAUACCAUUGCUUGUAGUGGGAUUUGCUUCAAAAUGGAAUCAUCAAAGGACAACAACUACUCUUCUUCCUCUUCUCAGGACACGCCUCCGCUUCAUGUUUUGCACUCCGAAUGUAUCAGAGACAACAAGACUGCAGUAAUGCCUAUGGGAGAUUAUGAGCUCCAUUUGGUUGCAAUGUAUUCUAGGAACAGUGACGGACCCUGUUUCUGGGGAUUCAAUGUGGCAAAGGGACUCUAUGAUUCUUGUGUUGUCAUGCUGAACCUAAGAUGUCUUGGAAUUGUAUUUGAUCUGGAUGAAACUCUGAUUGUUGCAAAUACAAUGCGCUCGUUUGAGGACAGAAUAGAGGCUUUGCAGCGAAAAAUAAACACCGAGGUUGAUCCGCAACGCAUGGCGGGUAUGGUAGCAGAGGUUAAGCGUUAUCAGGAUGAUAAGGCCAUAUUAAAGCAGUAUGCAGAGAAUGACCAGGUUGUUGAAAAUGGGAAGGUGAUCAAGAUUCAGUCAGAGGUUGUUCCAGCCUUGUCUGAUAAUCACCAACCUAUUAUUCGACCUCUCAUUCGGUUACAAGAGAAAAACAUUAUUCUGACACGCAUCAAUCCACAGAUUCGUGAUACUAGUGUUCUUGUGAGAUUGAGACCUGCAUGGGAGGAUCUUCGAAGCUACUUGACUGCAAGAGGGCGAAAACGGUUUGAGGUUUAUGUUUGUACAAUGGCUGAAAGGGAUUAUGCUUUGGAAAUGUGGAGGCUUCUUGAUCCCGAGUCAAAUUUGAUAAAUUCAAAAGAAUUAUUGGAUCGUAUUGUCUGUGUCAAUUCUGGUUCCAGGAAAUCAUUAUUUAAUGUCUUUCAAGAUGGAAUAUGCCAUCCAAAAAUGGCAUUGGUUAUUGAUGAUCGCUUAAAAGUUUGGGAUGAGAAAGAUCAACCUCGUGUGCAUGUUGUUCCAGCAUUUGCCCCAUACUACGCUCCUCAAGCUGAAGCAAAUAAUACCAUUCCAGUUUUAUGCGUUGCAAGAAAUGUUGCUUGCAAUGUUAGAGGCGGGUUUUUCAGAGAAUUUGAUGAAGGCCUUUUACAAAAAAUACCUGAAAUUUCAUAUGAAGAUGAUAUCAAAGAUAUUCCUUCAUCUCCCGAUGUGGGAAACUAUUUGGUCUCUGAGGAUGACCCUUCUGCUUCCAAUGGAAACAAAGAUCCACUUUUAUUUGAUGGUAUGGCAGAUGCUGAGGUUGAAAGAAGACUAAAGGAGGCAAUUUCAGCUGCAUCAACAGCUUCUUCAGCAGCCAUUAACCUAGAUCCAAGGCUCACCCCUUCUCUUCAGUUCACCACUCCAUCUUCUAGUUCAGUUCCACUGCCAGCAGCUGCUCAACCAUCAAUGGUGUCGUUUCCAAACAUGCAGUUUCCUCAUACAGCUCACACAAUUAAACCGGUGGCUCCUGUUGUGGCCCCAGAACCAAGCCUGCAAAGUUCCCCGGCUAGAGAAGAAGGUGAGGUUCCAGAAUCUGAAUUGGAUCCUGAUACGAGGAGGCGGCUUCUGAUAUUGCAACAUGGGCAAGAUACAAGAGAUCACACACCUCCUGAACCUACAUUUCCCCCUGUAAGACCUACAAUGCAAGUUCCAGUUCCACGGGCUCAAUCACGCGGAAGUUGGUUUUCUGCAGAGGAGGAGAUGAGCCCUCGGCAACUGAACCGAGCAGUUCCCAAAGAAUUUCCUUUAGAUUCUGAGCGAAUGCAUAUUGAGAAACAUCGACAUCCACCAUUUUUCCCCAAGGUUGAGAGUUCUAUUCCAUCUGAUAGACUUCUUCGUGAAAAUCAAAGAUUAUCAAAAGAGGCACUUCAUAGAGAUGAUCGGUUGGGGUUAAACCAUACACCGUCUAGUUAUCAUUCUAUUUCAGGUGAGGAGAUAACCCUGAGUCGAUCAUCUUCUAGUCACAAGGAUCUUGACUUUGAAUCUGGACGAACUGUUCCAAGUGGAGAAACUCCAGCUGAAGUUUUACAGGAUAUUGCAAUGAAAUGUGGAGCCAAGGUGGAAUACAGACCAGCGUUGGUUGCUAGCCUCGACCUGCAAUUCUCCAUUGAGGCUUGGUUUGCUGGGGAGAAAAUUGGUGAAGGAAUUGGCAGAACAAGAAGAGAAGCCCAACGUCAGGCUGCUGAGGAUUCUAUAAAAAACUUGGCUAAUACAUAUUUGUCACGUAUUAAGCCCGAUGCUGGGUCUGCACAAGGGGAUGUAAGUAGGUUGCUCAACACAAACGACAACGGCUUUCUUGGUAAUGUGAAUUCAUCUGGGAACCAGCCAUCGUCUAGAGAAGAAUCUAUGUCGUUUUCAACUGCAUCAGAACCAUCUAGGCUUAUUGAUCCAAGGGUGGAAGGCUCCAAGAAAUCUAUUGGUUCAGUCAUUGCGCUUAAAGAAUUAUGCAUGAUGGAAGGCCUUGCUGUAGCUUUUCAACCGCAGCCUCCUUCAUCUAAUCCAUUGCAGAAAGAUGAAGUAUACGCACAGGUUGAAAUAGAUGGGAAGGUUCUAGGGAAAGGGAUUGGGUUCACAUGGGAAGAGGCUAAGAUGCAGGCUGCUGAAAAGGCCCUUGGAAGUCUAAGAUCAAUGCUUGGUCAAUUUCCUCAGAAACGUCAGGGUUCUCCAAGGUCAUUCCAAGGUAUGCAAAGUAAACGGCUAAAGCCAGAGUUUCCACGAGUUAUGCAGCGGAUGCCCUCUUCUGGUAGAUAUCCCAAGAAUGCUCCUCCAGUUCCUUGAAGACCUAAAGGCCUUCCAGUAGACUUCUCAUUUUAUAGUGUAGCACCUGUUGUGACAUCUGUACAGUACACAACAUAGACAAUGGGUGAGGGCUGUUGAGACCUGCAACCCAAGUUGACUGUUAACUUCAGUGUUUCUUGCGUAACGUGUCUGAAGCCCCCACAGAGGAGAUUUCAUGGUUUAAAUUCUCCAGAAAGCACGAGGGAGAUGUUUUACCGGAUUUGCAUUCACCGUCCUAUCCUUGCCUCGAGGAAUUUGUUCAGUUCAGACAGAUGAUAAAUUUGGUAAUGUAAUGGUUUUUCUCAUCAAAAUGCUUAAACAGUCCACAAGGUGGCAAUUGCAAAGGGAGGCGUCCCAUAGCCCUCUGCAUUGUUAUUUGGUUGAUGCUGCUACUACCAAAUUCUUGGUGGAAGUUGGUUAUUUACUUGUAGAAGGAUUAGCGGGACACAGGCACUAAUGGAAGGCAAGGCAAGGCACAGCUUCUUCCUGUUGUUUACCACACAACAGUCAACAGUGCUUACUAACCAUAGCCUGUUUUUUACCAUAGAGCCUGCGACCCAACUAACUGGUUUGCUAUUUCUGUCUAUUCGUGAGGGAAUUACACUUGGAAACCAGAGUCUGACAAUGGUGAAAUUUGCUUAGUUGACUGAGCUGAUGUAAUGCAAUUUUUGGCUUUUCUCA